CUGAUGUCUACACAGAACUCUUUGGUUCUUUUGAACCGGGUGUUCUCGUUGAAAGAUGGGUUUCCAUUUGUGUUAGUAGUAGACUCCUUGUUACAGUCAUCCUACCAUCUCAUCCAGGAAUUCGUCCAUAACUGCAAUAACGACAUAGUAUACUUGUCGUUUGAAACCGUCAAUAAGCCAUCUUAUGCCACACACUUCAUAGACUGCAUGGAUGUGACAGCCGGGGAAAUUGUAAAGCAGGUGAAGCAACUUUCCACCACCAAGCCUGAAUCCUCACCGCUACUAACAAGGAAAACGUUGAUAAUAGUUGAUUCUCUCAACUAUGUGGGAUUGGAAGAUCUCACCACAUUUGUAUCAUCCUUGAUUCUGCCCACGAGCAUAGUAUUGGGAGUGUUCCAUGGCGACUUCAAGUCGAGCUCUACCAAGAACCCCAAUUUCCCUUCUCAUAUGACGUUGUUGACAUACAUUGCCAGUUCUAUCUUGGAUGUCGAACCCUACCAUACAUCAGAAAUAGACGAAGAAGAGAUAGAUAUGGAGAUCAGCCGCUUGAAAACUCCCAUUAUCAAAGCCCUUCACUCGUCAAUGUUCAAGAUUACGCUAACCAACCGUAGAAAGUCAGGCAGAGCUUUGACAUCACGGUUUAUCAUUAACUCGGUGAACCACACAUAUGAAGCGUUCAAAGAAACAGAAGCAAAGAUUUCAGCUGAAGACGAGAGUCUCCUCAAAGACUUGACGACGUUCAACUUGACUACAAACACGAAGCAGAAAUUAGCCAAAGAUCAGGUGGACUUACCGUUCAUGCAAGCACAAGAAGAGCUCGGCUCAUACUCAGGUGCCAUUAUAUAUGAAUUCGAGAAAGACGAUGACUACGACGAGGAGGAUCCUUACGAGGACCCGUUCUAGCUGUCGAGUUUAUCCCUAUAAACAGACCUAUAAAUGAUGCAUUUUCCUAAAUAAUUUCCUGUUCAUUCUCUUAACUCAUGGGAAUGACUUGCAUUUGGCAGUUCGUCCAAGUGUCUCGGUAUCUCCUUCUAGACGGGCCUUUUCUUCCACCAGGGAGAGGUGCCGGUCCCAUAACAACCACUCGUUAUAGGUGUUAAAGAAUUUGGGGCCGAAAUCGUCUCUACGCUGAAGAUCAACAUUCUGACACGUACAAAACCAAACGCCUCUUCGACUCCAAACCCCGUUGCCAUUCCGUUCCUCACAUAACUGACGUUCAAAAGAAGUAGGCACCAGUCCUCCCAUGAACUCUACUGUCAAUGUUUUGCUUCUUUCGUUCCUUAGCUGUUGUACUAGCUCGUUAAAGUAAAUAGCAGGAAAUAUGAUUUUGGCGAUAUCCCGAGGGAACCACCGUACAAAAAAGUCACUAUUGGUAUCGACGUACAACUGAUCAUUGUCAAGGGAAGUGGCUUUUUUGGGGAACUCUUUGUGGAAGGGUCCUUCUUGGAUAAGGCCGUUUCUGCUGUAAAGGUAUUUGAAACUGCGAGAAUCUUUGGAUAAAAGGUCGUCAAAAGAUGUCUCGAAGCGUUUGGCUAAGUACUUGGUGUUACUAUAGUCUAUAGGAAGACAAAGGCUUCGUAGGACUAAGUUGUCUUCCCGUGACACUGCUUCUUCAAUAAACAUAAUGUAAUA